GUCGUUUGGUGUGUCGUCUGCUCUCACAUUUUAUCUUUGGUCUUGCAAUGGAUUUCAGUAAUUUGGUGAGGGGUAAUCGGUGUUUAUCAGAGAAGAGCAGUGUUGUGUGAUAGUUUUUAGACUCAUAUAAAUAGAAUACUACUCGUGUUGUGCAACGCUGUCUCGUUUAUGUCCCAAUUUGAAUAACAGGGGGCUGUAAACUUGAAAUUUUAACCUUCUUUCCCACCAAGUAUCAUGAAAGUGCAUUCCACUGUUUUUCAAACACUAUAAACUAUUAUGAUACCUGUAGAAUUAUGUACACGAGUAGUGGGUUUAAACCUUUUUUACAUGAGGCAAAGCAUGUUCAAUGUUAGAUGCUCCAUAAAUGAAUGAUUUAUUGAAAUGCGCAGCAGCAGCAGCAGCGAAGUGAGUGUUAGUGAAUGGCAGAAUGGCACUGGUUAUGCUACCGUGCGACCUCCCCUGGUGGGGCACCAUACAGAAACACCUCAACACCAUCAACACCCUAAACACCAACACUACACCACCAGACCUGGAUGGCCUACUAGCUGCUAUGCACGCCAUACAUUCACUCUGCAACAUAGGUCUGGACCCAGAUGAAGGUGACACUUCGGACCCCGCGCUGUUCGAGGGUCUCAGAUCGUUCAUCACCACCGCCAUGGAUGACAAAGAGAGAAACACUUUCUUCACAGCCAUCCUUCCCACUCUAACCCGGCGCGCCCUGCAACUAAAGUCACUGCGGCCACCCAAUGGACUUCAUUUUAGCUUGCAGCAGCAUAAUGAACGGACAGAACUGAACAGAGAAUUUGUCGCCUCUCUUUUAGCACACUGUUUCUUCUCCACAUUUCCCAAACGAACGCUAAAAACUCAUCCGACUCUCCAGGAUUUCAAUUUCACAAACUUUUUCAAACACCUCGACUGUAACUUCCAGCAAUCAAAACUACGCAGUUUCUUCCAAUAUUUCAAAAUAAUGGAUAAAUCAAAUUUACCUCCAUCGGCUUCCAAGAUACACGUUUCAAGGCAGGUAAUGUCAGGCAAAGAAUGGCUGACCAUAGAGGAUUGGCUAGAGUGUGGACUACCUCUAUGUCCCCUGUCGUUCAAACACGAGGGUCGACUCGACAGGGUGAGGUCCGAUCACCUUAUUGUCUGUUUUUCCAGUGCAAGGGUUGGUGGACCUGUAUUGCUUGAUGGGAGCUCCAGGGAAUGCAUACAGUUCUGUUCGUGCCCCGAAUUGUUAGUGCUACUUUUAUGUUCUGAAGCUCUUGAAGAUAAUGAGGUGGUGACAUUGGAGGGUGUCCUGCAAGUCACGAGGAUAUCGGAUCCCAGAAAUAAAGCCAUUAUCGAGUACCUUAACGAUCCACCACAGCUUAACAUCUGCUGUAUGGAUGGAGAGAACUACACACGGUUACCCCUGAGCCAAUAUGAGGAGGACAAUGUACUGAGGGAACUGAACAAAGCUCUGCUAGGGUUUCGGCAGCGAGUGCAGGGUUAUCCACCCCCUCCCUCUACCAGACGGCUGAGUCCCAUUGGAGAGUCGUUCUCCUCUACACCUCCUGAGUACCAGGAGCAAGUACAUCAUCAUCAUCAUCAUCAUCAUCAUCAAGAGGAGUUUACUUCAUUGCAACCGGAUCAUAAAGAGUCAAAGCAUCUUUCCACCAAACCAGUCAAUAACCACUCCCAACAGUGUGUGAUGCAAACUCUGUCGCCGCGAAACCGGUUCAUAAUGCUCGGUUCGUCGGGCGAAUGUCUGCCAGUCAGCCGACAACAGCUGACGCAUGCCGCAUCAGCUGUUGUUCCAUCAGCUGUUCCCGCAUCAGCUGUUUUGAAGCCGAAGAGGUCAGCGAGCAGUGCGUAUUCCAGCUGUGCGUCUGAGCCACCGUCACCUCCGGAGGUGUUCCAUUCGGCGCGGACUAGUGUUUGUGAAGAAGACGGUGACGUGAGUUUGGAAGUGAAACGGUACAGCGGUCAGUUGGACACCCCGGAGCGACGCAGCACAUUCGCGGCGAGGCUGAGGGAGGCACUGUGCCGGGCAGAGAGUGGAAGCAGCUCGGAUUCCAGUAGCUACGCCAUCGGCAUCAGUAUCACCGGAUCUAGUAUGGAGGAUAACGAGAUCAGAAUGAAGAGAGGGGGUUCGAGGGGAUUCAUGCUGGAGGAUGAGAAGACACGGGGGUGGGGAGAGGGAACUAACUCUAGUGGCAACGGAAUGGUGGAUGCUUCUCCCAAACGAAAUUUCGGCAACUCAUCAAAGUAUAGCUUUAGUACCGAUUAUAGCUCUGAACUGGAGGAAAUCUACUCGCAACUGGGGAGCUGGCUGGAGGAGAUGGAUGGAGGGGAGGGCUGCGGCUGCCCUGGAGGUGGGAGUUGUCACCCUAGCGGUGGAGGGGGCGAGCGGCAACGACUGAGAGAUGCGGCGGUUGUACAGUUUGCGGGCAGUCUCCUCAAACGCACGCUCAGCGAGUCGUUUGUCGGAGUGGUGCCUGUCGGCAGUGGAGAGGUGGGGGACGGAAGUGACCAGGGGGGUGCCAGCCAGGAGCGGCGAGCGAGUCGAUUAGCAAUGGCCGCACGCAGUCUGAGUCUGGAGUUGGCGAGGCACAAACAUAAAUUGGCUGCUCAACUGGUAUCAGUCCUGGGCCAGAAACGCGACAACAUUUGUAGCGGAGAUCUGCGCCCAGUGGCGACGGGCAAUUGGGGGUGCGGCAGUAGACAGCUGGGUGAUCCCCAGCUGAAACUGCUCAUUCAGUGGCUGGCGGCGAGCGUAGCGGGGCUGCCGCAUCUGCUCUACUACACCUGUUCACACUACAACUUGCUCAAGUUGGACACAGUCUGCCGCGUCCUGCUAGACCGCCAGUGGAACGUGGGCGAAUCGGUUGGCGCCAUCUUGCGUUUCAUCCGUAUCACCCUGAGUCAUCCGAACCCUCAGGACGUUCCCUCCCUCUUCGAGCAGAUCAUUGGCUGCGAGGAGAGGCUGCUGCCUCCCCCCACCCACACCAACUCAAGCAGUGUGUCGUCCGAUUCCUGUCUGGACUCGUAGAAAACCAUUCAGUAAUGAAAUGAAAUAACGGUUUGUUAUGUAAGUGUUCACACUGAAUGAACACUGUCUACCAUAACAACCAAUGGUACCCUUUAUAGCCUGACUCUUGUCUAGACAAAUUGAAAAACCAUUGCUUCUUAUGCAAGUGUUCAUACAUUGGCAGAAUGUAAAUGUGUGAACAAUACCAUAACAACUAAUGGUAACAUUUUUCGACCGACUCUUUUCUAGACAAUUAGAAGACUUGCUUCUUAAGGAAGUAAUCACACUACUGUAACAACCUAUGGUAUCCUAUAUAUAUAUUUUUUUUUGCCCGGCAGAGUAGAAAUUCAUUGGAUAGCAGAGCUCAAGUGUGUUGUGAAAAAGAUAGAGAAUUUUACUUGGUCAAGAUAUAAUAGCAAUAAAUAGUUAUUUGUAUAUCUAGAGUGAAAAGUACGACUUUUUCUCCCUGUGGGAAAAAGUUUGAAGCCCGAGGCGAAGCCGAGGGCAGCAAUUUUCCUGAGGGAG